UGAAUAAAAAGACUAAAAAAGUUUAACAGCAUUUUACAACAACACUGCCAAAGCUCACCGACACGACAUUUCACUGACAUCUAAUCCAUCUUGGUAAUUGCAGUUUUUAGUUUUGAAUGAUUACACAACAUCAAAACAAUCAAUUUUAUUUUCUAAAACAACAUAUUAGGGAUUUCUUAUACUUUGUGCGUAGCUACUCAAAAGAUGAAUUGUGUUGUUAUGCAACUGAGCGCUGUAAACACCUCUCCCAUGAUCCCCUUAAGCAGAAUUAAUAAAUUCUGCAGAUUCUUGAGUGGGUCCCUCAGAUGUUGUUGCCUCCGGGAACAUAAAUCUGUGAUUGAGAGUCUCAGCGUGUGAUGUGCAGUGAUGAGCUGAAGUCCUGACAGUGACAGUGCUUGAGGUUAAGACGCUGAUUAGUUAACCAAACAUUUGUCAUGGUUGGCUACAUGGUCUCACACCCACUCACCCCAAGGAGGGUUUAAUCCCCUGGCGCACACACACUUUACUGCACAGGACUGUGGCUUCUCUCUCUGCAGAAAACUCUCCGCCAGACAUAGGAAAACCAUCUGAACCAUGUCACUCCUCACGCACAUUUUGGCAUGUCUCUUCGGGAUGGGCUCCUGGGUGUCCAUCAAUGGCCUGUGGGUAGAGCUGCCCCUGAUAGUCCCCCAGAUCCCCGAGGGCUGGUACUUGCCCUCGUACCUCUCAAUCCUCAUCCAGAUGGCCAAUGUCGGGCCUCUCUUCGUCACCCUGAUGCAUCGCUUCCGGCCCGGCGCCCUGAAUGAGACGGCUGUCAUAUAUGCGAUCAUCGGUCUGGGCACUCUGGCGAGUUUCCUGCUGGGUUUCUUCUGGAAGGAGACGGUUGUAGUGGCAGGCGUUCCUCGCAGUGUCGCCCUCCUCGUCUUAACUUUCUUCCUAGCUGCUGUCGACUGCACCUCCUCUGUCACCUUCCUGCCCUUCAUGAUGCGCCUCAAGCCUCAGUAUUUAACCACCUACUACAUUGGGGAGGGUGUGAGCGGCCUGCUGCCUGCUCUAGUGGCUUUAAUCCAGGGCGUUGGGGUGGUCCACUGCUUAAACAACACAGUGUCUCUGAACCACAGCUUGAACAGCUCGGUGACCUUUGACCUCCAAGCCCAGUAUCAGCCAGCAAACUUCUCUGCUGAGGUGUUUUUCUUCUUCCUGAGCGCCAUGAUGCUGGUGAGUCUGGUGGCGUUCCUGCUGCUGAACUACCACCCCGCUGUGGCCAGAGAGCAUUCCAGUGGCCGGUACACAAACGGCGUGAAAGACGAAUCGCAGAAAAACAGGAAGUGGGCUGAGCAGAAGCCGAUGAUGGAUACGUGCGAACCCGCCAACCAGAAGAGAAGAAGCAGUUUUGGCACUGGAGCUUACAGCUGGAUGCAGGUGUUCUACAUCUCUGUGAUUCUGGCCUGGACCAACGCUCUGACCAACGUGGUGCUUCCCUCGGUGCAGUCGUACUCUUGCAUGCCAUACGGAAACAACGCCUAUCACCUAUCAGCCACCAUGGCCGCCGUGUCCAACCCCCUGGCCUGCUUCAUCGCCAUGUUCCUCCCGAUAAGAUCCCUGCUGCUGAUGGCAGCUCUCACAGUGGUCGGCACCGGAGCUGGAGCUUACAUAAUGGGCAUGGCAGUGCUGAGUCCAUGUCCUCUGCUGGUUAACGAUACCUCAGGUGGAGUCAUCAUAGUGUUGGCCUGGAUCGUCUUUGUCCUCACUCUGUCCUACGUGAAGGUGAUUAUCGGCGUGAUCCUGCGGGACGAGGGCCACAGCGCUCUGGUGUGGUGCGGCGCUGUGGUGCAGUUAGGCUCCUUGCUGGGGGCCGUGACCAUGUUUCCACUGGUCAGCGUCUACAGCUUCUUCUCAUCAGGAGACCCGUGCAACACAAAGUGUCCUUAAACAAUGACAAUGAAAGAUUUCCCUUCCGACUUCAGGGAAAAGACGACGUGAGAAUCAAUUUGAAAAACUUUUUCCUCCUCGUGAUGAUGGAGACAUCUACAAGUUUCCAUUUGUUAGAAAAACAAAAAGUAUGAUGUGAUAUAUAAAUGCACUCUGUGUUAUAAAUGUGUUUGUAGAUCUCUAUUUACAUUUGUUGAAAACUUUAACAUCUUCCAGAAGUAAAAGUCAAGCAUGAGUAUUGAAUUAAAAAAGGAAAAUUGGUGAUUAGAGUUGUUUCCAAAAUGUUGAAGCAUAUUUGCCAUUUCAAACUUACUUAACUUUAUUUACUUGACUUUCCUUUCGUGUGUGCCUUUCUUGACCUGUGUGCCUUUCUUGACCUGUUUGCUUGUAAGUGGUGUAAAAGUUCAGAGUUUAGAGAUUAACACUCUUUCAUCUCCGGUCUGUAGAAAAUAAGGUUUUCCAUUAAGUUGUGUGGAAAUGAAUAACUCGUAAUGUGAUGAUUCUGUGAUGAUGUUCUUUUCCUAUUGAUGUUAUACUACAUCAUAAAGGUAUA